GGAGAUUUCUAAUCCGAAGACUGGGUUUCAAAGCAAUUCUCGGCUUCUCGCUCUUCGUUCUCUCUACUUCUCUCUCUGGCAUUGGUUGUUUUUACCUCCCAUUAUUUAUUUAUAAGUUCAUAAUCGUCCCAAUUUCCCACCACAUUAUUCGCUAUGGAAACAUUGUGAAAACCAACUACGCUCUUUCUCUUAGUACAAUACUCCAUGGAUGUCCUUUCCAUGAGGGCCUCUGCAACAUCUCUCCUCAAAGCCAGGAGCUUCAGGCUUUCUCCCUCUUUUUCCAUGGCCAUUAGUUCAGUGAGUGUUGCCCAGGAAAAAGCGUAUGAUGCUUUAUUACUGGAUGCUGGCGGUACACUCUUGCAAACAGCCAAGCCUGUUGAGGAGACAUAUGCAGCUAUUGGAGCCAAAUAUGGGUUGGAUGCAACUUUAAGUGAGAUAAAACAAGGAUUUCGGAGAGCUUUUGCAGCCCCAUGGACUGAAAAGCUUCGGUAUCAGGGUGAUGGGCGGCCCUUCUGGAAACAUGUCGUGGCUGAAGCAACUGGUCUUACAAACAAUGAAUAUUUUGAAGAAGUAUAUGAGCACUUUGCAACUGGAGAUGCCUGGCGUUUACCUGCUGGAGCUUAUGAAUGCAUGUGCUGUUUGAAAAAAGCUAGAGUAAAGUUGGCUGUCGUUUCGAAUUUUGAUACACGCUUGAGGAGACUGCUGAAGGACCUUAAUAUUGAAAAUCUGUUUGAUGCAAUUAUUGUAUCUGCUGAAGUUGGAUAUGAAAAGCCAUCAGAACAGAUCUUCAAAGCUGCUCUAGAAAAACUUUGUGUGAGUGCUGAUAAAGCAGUGCAUGUUGGGGAUGAUCCAAAGGCUGAUAAAAUGGGUGCCAAUGCUGUUGGAAUAGAAUGCUGGUUGUGGGGGACAGAAUUGAAGACUUUCCAUGAGAUAUGUGAUCGUAUCGUUGUGUCUGUGCGGUAAUCUAUUUAGCUCUUGCAGAUAUUUAUGCAUGUCUUGCAAGGUUUUAUGAUGUUGCUGUGGGAGCUGCCCAGAUGACAAGGAGGAAAAUAAUCUACUGUGGAGGGAGAUGAAUCACUUGUAUGGUGAAUGGCCCGAGACACAAGGAUACUAGUUUGAGCAUUGAUUCUCAAAUUCUGGUUGAGUUUUGAUUUAUUUUGGCUCAAACCAUCAGAGAGUAUCAAGGUUAUAUUGAUGUCAACAAAGAAAUAUUGAAGUUCAAAUGAGAUGGGUGAUUUACAAGACCAUAAAAAUAAUGUGAAGAUGGCUUGAGUCACUCGACGUAUGAAAUACAAUUUGAUUGUACAAGGGCCAAUAGUUAAUGUGGGCCAUUCGGUGUAUUCCCUCUUAUACGUAAUUGAGAUUUCUACAUAAAUCCGAGUGUUUUUUAGAA